CGUCACAUCAUUUAGAAGAAAAUAAUGUUCUAGAUGGAUAUUUUCUUCCAAAUGAAGUAGAUCUUCAUCAGGUGAUUGUAUUGCCAAAAGCAGAAUGGGAAAGGAUUCAGGGCAAUAUUGGCAGCAGAACUAGAGAAGCAGCACGCAUCCUUGCUGAGAAGAAAGAACGGGAAGAAAUGCACUUACGCUCCAAAGCGGCUGUAAAAGACUGGCCCAAUACCAUUAUGGGCCUGGCACAACGGAAACUUAAAGCCAAACAAUUACGUGAAGAAAGGGAAGAGGAGGAAAGAAAGUUACUUGAUUUGGAAGAAGAACAGUUCCAAGCAGCAAAACGGAAGGAAGCUAUUGAUAAAGCAAAAACCUACCUAUACUAUCAGAAUGAAAGAGUGAAAGGGUUGCAUAGUGCACUUCUACUUGCUGAGGUCCUAAAAGAAAGAGAUGCUCAAGUUGAAUUUAAAAAGUUAAAGUCAGAUGUUAACAAAAAGAAGGAUGAAGAAAAGGAACAUGAACGUAAAGAAACUAUUCUCAGAGAGCAAGAAAAGGCACAUCAGCAUUAUAUGAAUCAACAGGCACUACGCAGAGAUCAGCUGGAACAAAUAAAGGAGCACAAGCAUCAGGCAGAUCUGGCCAAGCUAGAAGACAAAAAGGAAGGAGAACAAAUACAGAGAUUGAACCAAUUGUACCAAAUGGAAAUUCAGAGAAGAAUGGAAAAGGAACAGGAGGAAAAAGUUGAACGCCAGAGGCUGUAUCACGAGCAUGUAACUGACCAGAAAAUGAUCAAAGCAGUAGAGGAACAAAAACAAAUGGAAGAAGAUGAUCGGAUUAAAGCUCAUUUUAAAGCAAAGGAAACUAUUGCCAAGCUGGUAAAAGAGAAAGAAGCUGAAAUGCGUAGACUAACACAGGAACAUCAGGACAAAAUCGUUAGCCAAUUAGCUGUACAAAUGAAUGAGGCAUUAAAGAGGGAAGAUGAUCAUCUUGCUAGAGACAUUGCAAAAAAAGAAGCUGAACAAGAAAAAAAACGCAAAGAGAAAGAAGCAAAAGAAAAGGCAGCCAUUGAAUCUAUUGCUGAACAUAGAGCCACUGUGAUGAAAGUGGAAAAGGAGAGAGAGGAAAAAGAAGAGGGUAAAAAAGAACUUAAUGAGUUAAUGGAAAAGAACCGCAUCUACCUGGAAAUGGAAAAAGCCAAGAAACAAAGACAACGUGAUGCAAACAUGGAAGUACAGAAAAUUCAGGUCCAGCAAAUGUGCAUACAGAGCAGUGGUGCAAGUCAAGGCUGGUUUGCAAUGACAGAUCACAUCCUGUCCUGUACCAUUAUGUACCACUACUGCUGCCCUCUUGUAUCUUCUGGGCAGGUCACCAAAGAGCAGCAGCUGAUGCUGAUGUUCACUCAGCUAUUCAACGUACCCUUUUUGUGGGGGGAAAAGCAAGCAGAUUUGGACUAUGAUGCUCAGAGAGAGGUUAUUGCACUUUGUAAGGAACAUGAAUUUCAGAGCUAUGCAAAGCAAGUAAUUGAAUCAGAGUCCAAAACUACACAUCAUCUUUAUCCUCUUCUCAAAGCAUCCAAAGAUGGAAGAGGACUUGGACAUGGGUCAUUUUCCAGAUGA